CGGCCAUCGACCGACUUGCUCUCCAUCAGUCCGCUGUCCUGCCUUCUCCGUCUGCCCUGCUUGAUCCUCCAUCCGGCCCUUCCCCAGAUCCAAGAGCAAGUCUGCUGCAUAGGCACCCACUCUGUCCUCGUCGCCAACUCCCCAAAGCCCGCCAUGUCGUCCAACCCCAGUGACAAGGGUGAUCGCCCUGAUGUCCCCGGCAAGGCUGCGGCCAACACCUCGCCCACCAGCUCGACGGGCGAAUUCAAGCCUUGGCGGCCGCUCGAAAGCAAGCCGUUGCCUGAACCAGCACAGACCUACACCCAGUUCUCGGCGGCCCCGUCCAACUUCCCAUCUUCGACAAGCCCCGUCCAGGCCGCCACCCCGUAUGUCCGCCAGUACUCCGAUCACCAGCCCGGCCCGUCCAGCUACUACGCCCAGCAGCCCAGCUCUAGCCACUAUGGGCCCUCACCCCCGGCAGACCGGUACUACGAGCAGUCUUAUGCUCGUCCCUAUGAGCAGUCGUCCGGAUCAGGCUAUUACAGCCAGUCCCCGCCCGCCUCGGCCUCCUAUGCCGCCGGCUCGACCGCCGGAUACCGCCAGCCCACGGAAUAUGGCCACCCCACCUCGCCGACCGAGUACCGAAACCCUGUCUCACCAAGACAAACGCAGCGGCCCUAUGGAGAUGCCAGUAUCGUUCCUACACAAACCUCGUAUCCGCCUCAGCGAAGCAAAUACGAAGCUGUGCCCACAAAAUCGCUGGACUAUACCCCCGAUCAGCGCGGGCUGUAUGCGCAUCCGGAGCAUCGCCAGACUUCCUCGGUUGAUAAGCGACAGAAAACAUCCAACGCCAGAGUGCUGGAUCCCGCCAGCGACACUGGAUAUGAUCGUCGGCCCAAAGACAGGCGCUACUGCUGCUGCUUUCGUACCCGGCGAGGCUGCUGCACUUUCUCCAUCCUGCUCACCAUCCUGAUCCUGGUCGGUCUGGGUCUGGCGGUGUACUUUUUGUAUCCGCGCUUCCCGACGAUCAACGUCUCGAGCCCUUUCCUGCUGAAUAGCAGUGCCGGCUUGACGACCCUGGGCUCGCUUGGUUCUGCAUCGGCGGCCAGUCCGUUCGUCUUGUCGUUCGGCUUUGCAGUCAACAUCACGGUGAACUCCCAGAACUACAUUGACAUUUUUGUGUCGUCGCUGACGGUGAAUAUCAACCUCCUCGACAACAACGGAAACCCGCUCUCGUCCGUCAAAGGAACUGGAGUGGCCAACAACUUCAACAUCCGCUCCUUCCAGACAUCGGUUGUGACUUUGCCCACGAACGUUUCCUAUACCACAACCAGCCCUGUCAGCGUCAAAAACAUUGUCGACCCUGACUUUUUGGUGCUGGAGUCGUCCUGCGUCGGGUCGACGCCCUUCAACUUCAAGUACACCGGCUCUCUGACGAUCCCGCUGAUCUCUUGGACCGGGUAUCACCCCAGCUUUGAUGGAACCUUUACCCAGGACUGCCCCAGCGCUAUGCGAACCGCUAUUGCGAGCCUGAUCAACGGAGGCUCGUUCCUCUAGCGUCCUCAGAUCUGCCGCUGGCCGGGCUGUGGCUCGGCGCAGAGGCCUUGGCAUCGUCCGUUCCCUCCACGCCGUUUCGGCGACGAUCGGACCUGGGUACGUCAGCGCCUUCCUGACGGCCAUUGCAACGAUAUUCACUCUGCAACGUUCACAAAUUGUAACAGGGCGUCUCGUUUGCUUUCGACUUUUCUUUAUGUUUUGAGUGGGAGUCAAUACAUGCACAUCCAUCAUUCACA